AUGAGUUUAAAGUAUUGUUCUGUGUAUAUACAUUGAAUCCCAAAAUUGGAACAAGAAAAACUGAAAGCUGAAGCGAAAGCGUGUGCGUCGUCACGUGCUCCCCUUAGAUAAGAAUGUCCAAUCGAACGCGCAAUGCGACCAAAGGCGAGGCGCUAAUCGAGAAUUGCCGCAGCAAGGGUAAAUGGCAACGCGUCAUCGAGCUGACAGAUGAGCUCAAAACGGGAUCGCCACAAAACGAGAGCCUUGCAAACUUUUUGGUGGGCGAAGCGCGUCUGGAAAGCUAUUUGGAGGAGCAUGCAGUGGCCGCCGAAUCGAAUUUUAGUCGCGCCAAAAGCAGUCUGUCGGAGGCAAGACGUUAUCUCAAUUUGGCCCUGGGCGAAAGUGGCCAAAAGGCGGGCGUCGCUUUGGAUGCCUAUUUGCUGUUGGCCAAAUUGUGUUAUGCCUGCGGCGAAUACGAGCAGAGCCUGGAGAACUUUGUCAAAGCCGAACUGAAUACGCUGGCCGAACAAGUGUUGACCCUACGCAGUCUCAAGAUUCUGGCCGAAUCGUAUGCGAUUAAGGGUCUGUGCUUGGAACAGCAGUCCUCCAAGCCCACAUCCAAGUUCAAAAAAGCCGAAAAGGAUACGGAAAUGAUCACCUGCUUUGAGCGUGCCACGGAUCUGGGAUUGCUGUAUCUGCAGGAAUAUGAGAUAUUUUGCAUGAGCAACAAUUCGAACUCGUCGAACAAUUCGACGCAUGGCUCCACGCUCAACGUGAACAGUGGCGUGCAGCAAUCGGCGAGCAGCUUUGCCAUCAGCAGCAGCAGCAGCAUGGCGAGCAGCGGCGCCAUAUUGGAGAGCCACAGACGCAUGGGUGUCAUCCUAGAGACGGCCCUGCAACGUGCCCCAAUUGUGUUAAUUAAGGCGGGCAAAUUGCAUUUGGCCGUGGACCGCUAUCGGAUCAUGCUCAAUGCAGUCGAUACGCCAGCAACGCAAUCGUUGCGCUUGACACUCGCUCGCCAGCUGGCCGAGGUGUUGCUGCGCGGUGUCUCGGGCACAAUCUAUGCGCCGCCCUUCACCAGCAAAACGGGCGGCAGCACGUUGCGUUCGGGUGGUGCCGGCGGUGGUGGUUCGUCGUCCAAACGUUUGUGGAAGCCACGCAAAUAUGAGACGCGUCAGCAGUUUAUGCCACGCAACCAGCAGGAGGAGGUGAUACUGCUGCUGCUCAUCGCCGAGGCACUGGCGGUGCGUGACACUGUCCUCUCGCAGAGUCCCGAGUUUCGUUCGGUUCGCCAGCAUGCCAUGGGCAAUGUGACCGCUGUCUAUGAUCUGCUCACACUGGCCACCAUCCGCUGGGGUCUCGUCCAGCUGCUGAACGAAUCGUUCGAGAAGGCAUUGAAGUUUAGCUUUGGCGAGCAGCAUGUCUGGCGGCAAUACGGUCUCAGUUUGAUGGCAGCCGAGAAGCAUUCGCAUGCGCUGUGUGUGCUCCAGGAGUCGAUGAAAUUGACGCCCAGUGAUCCGUUGCCGUGUCUGCUUGCGUCCCGGCUGUGCUACGAGAGCCUGGAGACGGUCAAGCAGGGCUUGGACUAUGCCCAGCAGGCGCUCAAGCGUGAGGUGAAGGGUUUGCGUCCAUCGCGCAGUCAACUGUUUGUGGGCAUUGGCCAUCAGCAGCUGGCCAUUCAGGCCACAUUGAAGAGCGAACGGGAUGCGUACAAUAAACUGGCACUGGAGUCGCUGGAGCGUGCCGUGCAGCAGGAUGGCAACGAUCAUCUGGCCGAAUAUUAUCUAUCGCUGCAAUAUGCGCUCAUCAAUCAGCUGGGCGAUGCUUUGAGUCACAUACGCUUUGCGCUCGCGUUGCGCAUGGAGCAUGCCCCAUGUCUGCAUCUAUUCGCUCUGCUGCUGACUGCCUCGCGACGUCCGCGCGAAGCGUUGGGUGUCAUCGAGGAUGCACUGCAUGAGUUUCCCGAUAAUCUCCAGUUGCUGCAUGUCAAGGCGCAUCUACAGCUGAAUCUGGAGGAUGCGGAGACGGCGCUGUCGACGGUGCAACAUAUGCUUGCCGUUUGGCGGGAUGUGUACGAGGCACAGCUGGCCGGGGAGGAGGAGAAGCAUUCGGAUACCAAAAGCGGUGUCCAUUUGGUGCACUCAUCCCAAAUGUCCGACAAGGAUUCGAAUUCCGUCUAUGCCGCUUCGCUCGCUGCAGUGUCACGCGUGGAGCAAGCCUUGAGCGAGGCAGCCAGCUCGCUGAGCUCCUUCACACAGCGGCCGGGACCACGACGACCCUGGAUGCUGCAAAUUGAGAUUUGGCUGCUGCUGGCCGAUGUCUAUAUGCAAAUUGAUCAGCCAAAUGAAUCGUUAAAUUGCAUCCACGAAGCUACCCAAAUCUAUCCGCUCUCUCAUCAAAUAAUGUUUAUGCGCGGUCAGAUUCAUGUCUAUUUGGAGCAGUGGCGGGAGGCCAAACAAUGUUUCCUGAAUGCCGUCGCCGCCAAUCCAAAUCAUACGGAAGCUUUGCGCGCUUUGGGCGAAACCCAUUUGAUGCUCGGCGAGCCGCGUUUGGCCGAAAAGAUGCUCAAAGAUGCUGCCAAAUUGGAUCCGAAUUGCCCAAAGAUAUGGUUUGCUUUGGGCCAAGUGAUGGAGACUUUGGGUGAUUUUAAUGCAUCCGCUGAUUGCUUUUCAACGUCGCUGCAAUUGGAGCCGUCGUGUCCAGUGCUUCCAUUUACCUCGAUACCUUUAGUUUUCGAAUAGACGCACUUCAACAGAAAGAUGCAUUUAUUUUUUCAUAUUUGUUGUUUUUUCUGUCUAAAUAUCAUACCUCAACUAACCUCAAACAGAACAGUACAGAGCAAUAUUACUUACUAGAAUUUAAAGCUAAAGAGAAUUUUGAUUUUGAUUUGGAUUUGUUGUUGUUGUAUAUAUGAUUUCCAAUUGUUAUUGUCGUCAGUAUUAAGACAAGAGCGUUGAUGGUGUAAAAAAAUUGUGUGCGUGUGUAAUUAUUGUGUGUGUUUGUAAAUUAUUAGCUAGCCCGAUUCAAAAAAAAAGAAAAACGGAAAUGUUUCCAUAAACAUUCAUCAAUCAUGUAUAAGCUAAAGAAUAUUCUCGAUUUUCUUUUUGACAGUUAGUUCAUUCCUUGAAAGAAAGAUAAUGAUGAUGAUGUAUAUCCAUAUUUAUCUAAGUUUGUGCAUUUUGUUAUGGGAAUUUAAGCGUUUUCGUGUGUGUUAUUUAUUGCAU